AUGUUGUUUAAUGGUGUCUUUCUGAUGCUCAGCUCAGUCCUUGCAAUUGCAGAGUAUUACAACCAGAACAUCAUUCCGUACAUAGAUGGGAUAGGUAGUGGAGAAGCUUAUUCAGAGUACAACACCGAGUCUUCAAUGAUAUCCAUGAGUGAGUCCAAUGCACUUGAAGGUGAGAGCAGACCAAAUAACUUUAUAAGGGAAACAGCUGUCGCUGGGAAGGACGAGGAGGAAGGCUUUCCGAUCCUGACCUCGGACAAUCCGGGAUCUCCUGCAGGCGCCAUCAAGUCACUUAGGAUAGGAAAGUUUAAGAUCAAUCCAGAGAACAUCAGCGACAUUAUCCACCGGGAGAUGGCCGACAUGAGCCCAGACCUUCACAGCAAGAUUGAAAACACUUUGGCACGCAACAGUGUCGACCGCAGAAGAUACAGAGACCUCUUCCUUAUAAAGAAAAGGGUCAUCGACGAUGGCAGGAGGAAGAUAAUUAACUUCAAUAUCAAAGAGAAGAUCAUCCCAAAGGAGGAUCAAGAGACCCUUCCAGUCACAAAGGACUUUGGAACAAGGGCAUUGCUUGGGGGAAUCAUGUUCCUGCUGGCCGGCCUGGUGUUCACAACAACUCUGAAGAUGUAUCAGAACCUCAUGCGGAAGAACUAUCUUGGCUUCGAUGAAAAAGGUGAAAUGUUUACAGAGCCUAAGCAGUCCUCCCAAUAG